AGCAGACAGAGACAGGAAGCAGCUCUCAGGACUUUUGUCCUUUUUAGUCUUUUGUUGGACAUUAUUGUCCUUCGGCUGAGCGUUGAAUCCUUUUUGGUUUUUCGCCGUCGCUCUGUCUGCGCUGUGACCUUUUAUUUUGAAGUGGUGUUUCCUGCGAGGGGCACGUAGGCAGAGGUUGUGGGUACGAUGCCUCCUCUCCUCUUCUCCGCGUUCGUUCCUUUCUUUCUCACUCUGCUGCUUCUGUUUUUCUUCAUCCUCAUCCCUCCAUCAGGAGGAAAGAGCGGCAGCAACAAGAAGGCCGACGGAGUCAAGGAAUCAUCUGAGAGCACAAAUACCACCAUCGAGGACGAAGACACCAGAGUGAGGAAACAGGACAUCAUUAAAGUCACGGAGCAGCUUAUCGAGGCGAUCAGCAACGGAGACUUUGAGAGCUACACUAAGAUGUGCGACCCGGCGGUGACGGCGUUCGAGCCGGAGGCGUUGGGGAAUCUGGUCGAGGGCCUGGACUUCCACCGCUUUUAUUUUGAAAACUUGUGGUCCAAGAACAGCAAACCGGUUCACACCACCAUCCUGAACCCGCACAUCCACCUGGUCGGCGACGAGGCCGCCUGCAUCGCUUACAUCAGAGUCACGCAGUACAUCGACGCCAACGGCACGCCCCGCACCGCCCAAUCAGAGGAGACCAGGGUGUGGCACCGCCGUGACGGCAAGUGGCAGAUCGUCCACUUCCACCGCUCAGGAUCCCCGUCCACACUCAGCAAGUAA